AUGCUCUGCUGUUUGCAGCAUGACGUGAAGAAUCCCGUGAAGCUCUUUGACAUGCAAGUGACCGUUUGGAGCCGUCAAUGUGGCACUCUUGCCAUCUUGGUUCAUCACCUCGAGCAGGCUUCUGUUACCCUGCACUGCCAUCUGCUUGAAACAGCACGAUCAGAGCACAUGUGUGCAAACAAGAAGUUGGCAAGCUCUUCAGUGCUGUCCAGCUGCCACGCCGCCCACCUGCAUGGCUCAGGGUUCUGCAGGAAAGGUCGGAGGAAUGUCCGGGCGAUCAAGAAGCUUCAUCCCCUAAACACUGCACUAUGGCGUGCCUCUGCCACUUGCUGGCAUCGCCCCUCCUCGGCAUCUGCCGAGGACUUGAGCAGCAUCGCGCCAGCACCCUCACCGCGGAUGUAG